GUUGUGGUUAUCGAGCUAUUGGUCGGUCGAUAACCGAAUCAAAACAACUGCUGGUAACUUCACACGUGCAAUUUAUGUGAAAUUCAUCAGCAAAAUGAAGGCGAAAAAGAAGUUAGGCGUGGGACUGAGCCGCCAGGAACGGCAGGUGCUCGUCAUUGGGGAGAUCAUUCAGGAACUGCUGAAGGCGCACGAAGACAAAAAGGAUGUAAACCUAAACCGGAUGAAGUCAUUGGUAUCCUCAAAAUAUGGAUUGGACAGUUCUCCGCGCCUGGUGGACAUCAUUGCAGCCGUGCCGCAGGACGCAAAAAAGAUCCUGCUUCCCAAGCUGAGGGCCAAACCCAUUCGCACAGCAAGUGGCAUCGCCGUGGUGGCUGUCAUGUGCAAGCCGCAUCGGUGUCCGCAUAUCAACAUGACCGGGAAUAUAUGCGUAUAUUGUCCCGGUGGACCGGACAGCGAUUUCGAGUACUCGACACAGUCGUACACAGGCUAUGAGCCGACCUCGAUGCGAGCAAUCCGGUCGCGGUACGACCCCUUUCUGCAGACCCGACACCGCGUUGAACAACUGAAGCAGCUGGGCCACAGCGUGGACAAGGUGGAGUUCAUCGUAAUGGGCGGUACGUUUAUGUGCCUGCCGGAGGAGUACCGCGACUACUUCAUCCGCAACCUGCACGACGCCCUCUCCGGUCACAGCAGCGCCAAUGUGGCGGAGGCCGUGCGCUACUCGGAGAAGUCACGCACCAAGUGCAUUGGCAUCACCAUAGAAACAAGACCGGAUUACUGCCUCAAGCGUCACAUAUCAGAUAUGCUUAGCUAUGGUUGCACCCGGCUGGAAAUCGGUGUGCAAUCGGUUUACGAAGACGUGGCCAGGGAUACGAACAGAGGGCACACCGUGCGAGCGGUAUGCGAGAGCUUCCAGCUUGGCAAGGAUGCUGGCUACAAGAUCGUGACGCACAUGAUGCCUGAUCUUCCAAAUGUGGAUUUCGAACGCGACAUUGAGCAGUUCAUCGAGUACUUUGAGAACCCUGCCUUCCGCUCUGACGGCCUAAAGAUUUAUCCCACACUCGUAAUUCGCGGCACAGGUCUCUAUGAGUUGUGGAAAACCGGUCGGUACAAGUCAUAUCCGCCAUCCAUGCUUGUAGACCUAGUGGCCAAGAUUUUGGCCCUUGUGCCACCAUGGACGCGAGUUUACCGCGUACAGCGCGACAUUCCCAUGCCGCUUGUUAGUUCCGGCGUGGAACACGGAAAUCUGCGCGAACUGGCGCUGGCCCGCAUGAAGGAUCUUGGAACCACUUGUCGCGAUGUUAGAACCCGCGAAGUUGGCAUUCAGGAAAUCCACAACAAGGUGCGCCCUUACGAAAUUGAGUUAAUUCGUCGUGACUAUGUGGCCAAUGGCGGCUGGGAAACGUUCCUCUCAUACGAAGAUCCUGAACAGGACAUCCUCGUCGGGCUUCUUCGGCUGCGAAAAUGUUCUCCGGACACCUUCCGCCCGGAAUUGAAGGGCAAAUGCUCGAUUGUCAGGGAACUGCACGUAUAUGGCUCAGUCGUGCCGGUUAAUGCUCGGGAUCCCACCAAGUUUCAGCACCAGGGCUUCGGUAUGUUGCUGAUGGAGGAGGCGGAGCGAAUUUCCCGAGAGGAGCAUGGCAGCACAAAGUUGGCGGUCAUAUCGGGAGUGGGCACCAGGAACUACUACCGCAAAAUGGGAUACGAACUGGACGGACCCUACAUGUCAAAGAGCAUAGAGGAAAAUAACUUAAUCUAGCGUUAAAUAACUGUCCUGGUGGUAUGUUGAUGAAUUAAACGUUUGUAUUUUAUCACGCUAGGA